AUGUCCGCGCCGCUCGAAGUCACCACUAAGAACCUCGCUGGCGUAUUCCUGCACAACAAGUCGCUGAGCGGCGCCACCGACGAGAUCCUCAAGCUGCAGGGCGUCUCGUGGAUCAAGCGCAAAGCCAUCGCCACGUUCAACCUCACGCUCUACAUCACGCACACGCCGCCCGCCGCGGCGGACGACGGCGUCGAGCGCAUCCACGUCGACCAGAAGCUCUCGGGCGGCAUUCCCGGCACGGCGGAGCACCACGUGCUCGACUGGGAAGAGCGGCGCGAGACGGACGAUAUAUUUGGUGUCACCGUGGGCAAGGCGCGGCGCGUCAAGUUGGAUGAGGUCGAGGACGAGUUUCUCAGGAGUGGGUGGACGCAGGAUACGGUGGAGGAUGGGGUCAUUGAGGUGGUUGCGUGGAGCGAUACGGCUGUGACAGGGAAGGAAUGGAGGGCUGAGCAGAUCUCGGGGUUCGAACAGAAGAACGGUGCUCGGCGGUAUUGCACACGCAUCAAGUUUACCUCUUCGGAGCGGAGUAAAGGUCCAAUUUUGGUACACAUGUACUAUGAUUAUCAGGGCCCAAAUAAGUAG